AUGAAGCUGUAUGUUCCGGCGAGGCAGAGCAGCGCCCAGGAUGCAGAGCAGAACGGCAAGGCAGUGGCCGUGGGCGUCCUCGGCAUUGGGCCGUGGAGCCACCCGAAGCUCCCUCUCCCCGGCCGCGACGCGCGGGCCGACGCCGACGCCGACGCCAACGCCCUGGUGCCGCCGCUCAACUUCGCCAUGGUCGACGACGGCAUCUUCCGCUCGGGCCUCCCGGACGCCGCCAACUUCCGCUUCCUGCUCUCCCUCAACCUGCGCUCCAUCGUGUACCUGUGCCCGGAGCCGUACCCGGAGGAGAACGCGCGGUUCCUGCAGCAGAACGAGAUCCAGCUUCACCAGUUCGGCAUCGAAGGGAGCAAGAGUGGUCCGACAGUGCCGGAUACCAUGUUGGCGCAGGAACCAUUCGUCUACAUCCCUGAAGAAACGAUCAGAGAGGCGCUCAAAGUUAUUCUUGACGUAAGAAACCAGCCGGUGCUCAUCCACUGCAAGAGAGGCAAACACCGGACUGGCUGCGUCGUCGGAUGCCUGAGGAAGCUGCAGAAGUGGUGUCUGUCUUCGGUGUUCGACGAGUACCUGCACUUCGCGGCGGCGAAGGCAAGGAGCACUGACAAGAGGUUCAUGGAGCUGUUCGACGCGUCGAGCUUGAUGCACCUGACGGCCUCACAGUAUUGA